AUGGCUCCGCGCUGCUCCCCUCCCGUCCUCCCUCUCUCACUCCUGCUGUUCGGACUGGUGGCCAUCCUGCUCCUCACGGUUCCGAGCCAGGACGUCCAGGAGGCGCCGGGGUUCAUGUACGGGAUCGUCCUGGAUGCUGGAUCUUCGCACACUUCUCUGUUUAUCUACAAGUGGCCCGCCGACAAGCAGAACGGCACAGGUGUGGUCACCCAGCACAGAGAGUGUCACGUGGCAGGCGAAGGAAUUUCCAGCUACGCAGGCCAAAAGGGUUCAGCGGGGCAGAGUUUGGAGGCGUGUCUGGACCGGGCCGUUAACGAUAUCCCCAAAGACAGACACCGGAGCACACCUGUGUACCUGGGAGCCACAGCUGGCAUGAGACUUCUGGAGAUUUCCAAUUCAGAGCAGUCAAGUCAGAUUCUUAAGGAAGUGAGCCUCAAAAUCCAGUCGUACCCUUUUGACUACCGUGGUGCCGCUAUACUGACCGGACAAGAGGAGGGAGCGUAUGGUUGGGUCACCGUCAACUACCUCUUAGAGAACCUAAUCAAGUAUAGUUUUGUGGGACAUUGGUUCAGCCCCGGCAGACCGACUGUGGGUGCGCUGGAUUUUGGCGGGGCGUCCACACAGAUAACCUUUGCUACCCAGGAGCCAGUAGAGGACAAACUUAACUUGAUGAAGCUUCGACUUUACGGCCGAGAGUACUCUCUGUACACACACAGCUUCUUGUGCUACGGGAACGGCCAGGUCCUCAAGAGACUGCUGGCUAAAUUUGUAAAGGUAACACAAAGAGGUUCCUCUACAACCGUCACUCAUCCCUGCUACCCUGCAGACUACAACAGGACAGUAAAAAUGCAGGAAAUCUUUGGCUCCCCCUGCACAGAGAAGCAAAGACCCGGCUCGUACAACCCUCAGGACUCUGUGACGGUUCGAGGCAGCGGACAUUACGAGCACUGCGUGGGCAACGUGACCGAGCUCUUCUCCUUCGGCAGCUGUCCGUUCUCGCGGUGCUCCUUCGACAACGUUUUCCAACCAAAGGUCACCGGUAGCUUCAUGGCGUUUUCUGCGUUUUUCUACAUCCACUCCUUCCUGCAGCGAAUCACUGGGAUCAGCAUGAGCUCGCCGCAGCAGCUGGAGGAGGCGGCCAGAACCGUCUGCAGCAUGACGUUCAGUCAAAUGCUGCUCCGAGCUCCGAAGGACAGGUCUCGUUUGCAGAACUACUGCGCCUCCUCUGUGUUCGUCAAAACUCUGAUUUUAAGAGGAUACGGUUUUGAUAACACGUCAUUCCCACACGUCUCCUUCCAGCAGCAGGCUGGAGACGCCUCCGUGGGCUGGGCUCUGGGCUACAUGCUGACUCUGAGUAAUUUGCUGCCUGCAGAAAGCGUGGGGGUCAGGAAGACCCUGUCCACAGGAGCCUGGGGGACACUCGUCUUUCUUUUUGUCGUCUUCCUUGUUAUUGUCCUGGCCUUCGUUUUCUUUCGGACUCGAGACUGGAAGAAAGAACGUGAAGAAAGCACCAUCUAG